CCCUAGCAGGGAUGAUUUGGUCAGCAUGGCCCUAAAAUUUGCAGCGAAUAUAUCGUUUACAUUUUUGGAGCAUAAAAAUUUCCUUGAUAGAUACCAAGCAGCCAAAAGAGCAGGUUUCAAAGCUGUGGAAUCAGGUUUUCCACCAGAUAUUCCUAUUGAGGAAUUAUCUAAUGCCAGAGAAAAUGCACAAAUAGAACAGAUUCUCAUGAAUGCUUUUGAUGGAGGUUCUCAAGGACUUGCAGCAGUACCUGGUAGAGAGGAAGAAUUUAAGCAAUGUUUAGAGUUAUCUAUCAAAUAUGCUGAAGCUGUUAAAUGUACAAGAUUGCAUGUAUUAGCUGGUGUGUUUCCUGAGGGUGUUACUAGCACAGAUAACAAGUCAGUGGUGCUAUGGGAGGAGACAUAUGUGAAGAAUAUGAAAUAUGCUGCUCAGAGGCUAAAAGAGAAUGGAAUCACCCUCUUAGUAGAGCCUAUCAGUACAAUACCAGGGUAUUUUUUAACUAAUUCACAACAAGCAAUCAAUUUGAUCAAGAAAGUAGAUCAUAGAAAUAUGAAACUUCUGUUGGAUUUGUUCCACCAUCAGCGUACAACUGGUAACAUAACACAGACUCUAAAUGAUUCCAUGCCUUAUAUAGGCCAUAUCCAAAUAAGCCAGGUGCCAUCACGAAAUGAACCAGAUUUAGAUGGCGAAAUCAACUAUCCUUUUGUAUUCUAUCACAUAGCUAAACUAGGAUACAAAGGCUGGAUAGGCUGUGAAUAUCAUCCAAGAGGUCAAACGGAAGACGGUUUAGGAUGGUUAGCGCCUUAUCUUGUUGAUCAAUAAGAUCUAAUCUUUCAGACUGCUGUCUAGACUUGGCUGUAAUAUUUGCCUUUUGAAACUGCUAAAUUCAUAAUGAAUGGAAUAACUUGAAAGUUACCCAUUAAGGCCAGAAGGCUCACUGGAAAGAAAUCUCCAAGUUCUUACUUUAUGAUCUUUCACAUACUAUUCAGUAAUUCUGCUAUAGUGAUAUAGGUUACAUUUUCUGAUGCAGCUAUGAAUCGUUUCAAACUUACUCUCUUAGGAUCUGUUAAUUACUUAUUCUCCCUCCUAACUGCUUCACAUGCUGUUAUAAAACAAUGUGGAGAAUUUUUUUUUUUAACUGGAUAAAAUUCUCUUACUGAUAGGUUUGUCUAUCUUUACCACCUGUUUGCUAGACAAUGUCUUGUUGAUGUAGGGAUAAUUAACAUGCAAAUUACUUCUUGGGUUGAAACAGUCAAAUUAUUUAUAUGUGUUUCUUAAACUGUGGUUCAAAUUACUGAUAUGAUGUUAACAAUCUUUUAUCUUAUUGCUAACGAUAAAUUCAUUAUUAUUUAUUUUUCACAAGUUAA